GUGUGUGUGGAGGUUAAUGUCAAACUAACACUCAUCCACCAUGAACAGCUGUAGAAGAAUAGCCCGGACCGGGGACUGGAGCUCCGGGGUGAACACCCUCCUGACCCGGUUCAGAUCGCGGACGAACUGCCGCCGGGAACCGGGGCCAGCGUCCUCCCUCAGCCGGGGCCAGGCCACCGCCGCGGGGGAGAAGCCUCGCCUGACAGCCGCUGACCUGGCCCAGAAGGUCCAGCAGGAGAGGAGGACGCCGCCGGCCGCCGAGGCUUCGGGGUCCACUCAGCAGAAGAGGGUGGAGGAGCUGAAGCGAUUCAGUCUGCAGCUUCAGAACGUGCAUCCGAACGUGCUGGCCAAACACCUGCUCAGAAGCGUGCUGUACCAGGACAAAGAUGUGGUGGUCAUCAACAAACCACAUGGAGUUCCUUUCAGAGACGACUCCAGGGUCACGUCCAUUUCAUCUGUGCUUCCUGUCCUCUCCAAAAUGAUGGAGGGGAUGAAGGUGAAGUGGGACUCUCAGCUGAUCCCCUGUCUGGGCCUGGAGAAGGAGAUGACAGGAGUUAUCCUACUGGCCAGGAAUGAAGAGGCAGCAGAGCACAUACUCAACCUGCACAGAAACAACCAAGUGACAAGAAAAUACUGGGUCAUCACAGUGGGAGUUCCUGUGCCGUCUGAAGGAGUGAUUGAUAUUCCCAUCAUAGAGCGAGGAGUCCCAGGCCCUCGGCCGCACUACAAGAUGGCGUUGAGCCCUCUUUUCAGAAUGAAUGAAGCAGGUGAUGGUGUAACCAAAGUGCGAGCUCAUAGACAAGCUCAUCCUGCCGUGACCAGGUACAGAGUCCUGGACAGCAGCAGUGGCUGCAGCCUCGUGGAGCUUGAGCCUUUAACCGGAGCGAAACACCAGACGAGGGUUCACAUGGCCUUAGCUGUGGCUUGUCCCAUUCUCGGCGACCAUAAAUAUUCCCACUUGGAUAAACUGGCCCCCCAGAAAUUACCGGAACGUGUUUUGGGAAAGCUUGGCCUGGAACAGAGCAAGAUCCGUCAUCUCCCUCUUCAUUUGCACGCUCGACAGCUGACACUGCCGCAAGUUAGUCAAGCAGACGUGAACGUGUCCUGUACGCUGCCUAAAUACUUCACACAAACACUGAAACGACUGCAUUUAAGUCUUCCUGACAAAAAGGAAGAUAAAUGACUACAUCCUUGCUUUUGUGCUAAAUUCUGUUCAGUCCAAACGAUGUCUGCAAAAUAGUGGGCAUCAGUUAAGGAUUUCAGCCUGAAAAAGUGUGUAACCAUUUAAAUUAAAUGGAAAUGAAUGCAUUACCUCUGCCAAGAAGGUUAUGUUUUCAUGUUUCUUUACUUUUUUUUAGCAGGAUUAUACAAAAACUACAAAAACUAUUUCCUCCAAACUUGGUGCGGGGAUGAUUCUUUGGAAGAAAUAAUAACAUUAUGGUGCAGACCCCCCCCUCCCCCUUUUUUCUUGCAAUGUAUUUUUUGACAAAUGUUAACAAUUUCCUUUUAUAUUUCUACUAUAAGAACCAGACAAUGUGUACGAUUGCUUGGCCUUGGCGGAGGUAUGUGUUCCAUUGUCAUGCUAGUGUAAAGCUGAGGUCAUAAUCAGAAGACACUGUAGUAAAUGACUGUACAGUGCCACACAACUUGUUUUAGUAAUAAACAGAUGAAGAAAAAUUGAUUUACAA